AUGGAGGUGUAUGUAGACAAUAUGCUGGUAAAGAACAGGAAAAUUGAGAAUCAUGUGGAGGACCUUAAGAGAAUGUUCGAUGUCCUUAGGAUGUACAGAAUGAAGCUAAACCCCCACAAGUGUGCGUUCGGUGUCGGGUCUGGAAAAUGUUUAGGGUUCAUGGUGAGCAGUCAAGGAAUUGAGGCCAACCCGGCACUCCUCGAUAUGAGGUCACCGAGGAAGCCUAUGGAGGUCCAGAAGCUGAUAGGCUUGGACGAAGGAGAUGAACAAGCAUUCCAACAAUUAAAGGCACCUUGGGAAGCCACCUCUGCUAUCCAAGCCGGCGGCCGGGGAAAUGUUGAGCCUGUAUCUGACGGUCUCAGAACACGCCAGCUCAGCCAAUUCGAUAUCGACUACAAGCCACGGACCGCCAUCAAGGGCCAAGCCCUGGCUGACUUUGUGGCAGAAUUCACAGGGUUGCCAGAAGAAGUGGAGCUAGAUGACGUGCCACUCCGUUGGAAGCUCUACGUCGAUGGGAGCUCUAAUGAAAAUGGCAGUGGGGCAAGAUUGGUGCUACAGACGCCAGAGGGGCACAAGAUAACCUCGACCAUCAGGUUUGAAUUCCCUGCGUCUAAUAAUGAAGCCGAAUACGAGACGCUGCUGGCCGGACUCCUGUUGGCAGAGCACUUAAAGGUGGGGAACAUAGACAUCUUCAGUGAUUCGCAGCUGGUUUUGAAUCAAGUAAAGGACCAAUACGAGACCCAGGAUGAGAAAAUGGCCGCGUAUCUCAAGAAGGUCAAAGAGGCCUUGGAGAAAUUCAUGGCCUAUGACAUACAGCAAGUGCCAAGAACAGAGAAUAGCAACGCCGACGCCCUCACUAGGUUGGCGACGUCGAAAGACACCGAGCUAUUAAAGCUAGUGCCCGUGGAAGUUUUAAAGGCCUCUACCACCGAAGGAAAGCCUGAAGUCAUGCUAGUAAAUUUCCAGCCAAGCUGGAUGGAUCCAAUCAUCAGAUAUAUGGUCGACGAUGAACUCCCGAAAGAUAGACAACUAGCAAAGAGGACGAGGUAUCAAGCGUCGAGGUACACAAUGCACGACGAUAUCCUUUAUCGAAGGGGGUACUCGACGCCCCUGCUCAGGUGCCUCGGCGAAGAAGAGGUAAAGAAUGUGCUCUCGGAAGUACACAGCAGGAUAUGUGGAAACCAUGCAAUGAGGCAGUCCUUAGCCUACAAAAUACUAUGGUAG